CUUUUCCACAUGGCGGUCACACUGCUUUAAACAUUUAAUGAAUUUAAGUGAAUUAAUGGAGAAAAAAGGUAGUAAAUAUUGAUAAAUAUCACUUUUUAAAUCGUCCAAGCCGCACUACUAAAAAUCAUAAGCUUUUUUGAUGUCGCAUUCUGCGCAGUCAAAGGGGCAUUACGAUACCCCAGAGUUACAAACCAGCCAUAUCCUCGAACUACCGUACAUUCGCUCAAGAAAUAUUUACUCUAAAAAGUCGGCACAUAUUGCUACUUCGCCCAACGCUGUUGCAAAGAAAGUUAAAAGGAGACACAAUAGCGAAACUUCCAGUGAUGAAGAACGUUGGCUUACUGCCAUUGAAACUGGAAAACUGGACAAUGUUGAUGAUGAACUGAAGAAAAUAAAAGACCCCAAACUAAUGACCGCUCGUCAACGUGCUAUGUAUGAACGAACUGAUGGCUUUGUUGAAGAGCUUUUUGCUCUUCCAAGUGGCUAUAAAGAAAAGGAAAAGCCCCAAACGGCGGAGGAAAUUCAGAAGGCUAUACUCAAAUCACAGAAGCGAAAGCAGCAAGCUAACGCACGGCGAGAAAAAGAUAAACAAAAAACAAUGGAACGCUUAUUAAAAAAACAGGAAACUAACAAACAUCGACCUUUGAUUCGUAACAGGAAGUUUCAAAAGUCGUCAUAUCCAAAAGUAACCUAUAUAAGCGCUCUAAAAGUUUCGAUUCGACGCAAAUACUGAAUUUUGGUCUUUAAACGUUCUAGUUUCACUUUUUUAUUUCAACAACCUCGUACUGACCGACUAGCUGCUUUCUCUGGCACAAAUUAGAUAUGGUCUUUCUAAUCGGGCUGCUCAGUCAGAAGACCAUAAAAAUUAAUAUUCUAUCACUUAGGGUCUGAGCAAAAACCCGAUUUCUCGUAUUGUUCGUGAUCUAGGUCUCAGGUUUUUGGUAGACCGUAGGACACGAAUCGGUCCCUUUCUGACCGCUCGUUUCGAAGGAAACCGUUUAUCGUUCAUCUAUUGAGAGUCGGUGUGGAUAAGAACAUAAGGGUCCGAACAAAAGGAUUUUAUUUUUGCGGCUCCUUAAAAUGCAGCCCCAGGUAUAGUAUGAUGGGCAAAGCAUUACAGAGAGAGAGACAAUUAUAGGAAUAGGUCGUUUUUUCAGGCAAAAGUUUGCAACGCACUGAAAGAGUCGUUUCCGACCAUUUAAUUAAUUUAAUGAGAAUUCGUGGUUUAAAAUUCAAACAUUAAUUUUUGCAUAGGAACCUGUUUUUAGAGUGCCGUUUCUUUGUUUCUCUCACUUGCUCGCUCGCUCCCGACUCUUCACGCUGUCAAAUAUUUAAAAAUAAAUUGUUGGCUCAAUCGUCGAUUCUUGAAUUAUGCUGAGGAAAAGAAAUUGAACUAAAAGGCACAUUGCGCUUAACAUUUAACGGCAUUAAAAUUUUUAAGAACACUAAAUUAAAAUAAUAAAGUCUAAAUGAUGUUAUGUCGUCAUCCCUCAAUAAUCGAGUAAUCGGAAAAACCAGGGAUGCAAAGUGGGCUUAGGGUCCAGUGACGGACAACGUAAAAACUGGAGUCGGUUGGGGGCGAAUUCAAAUUCAAACCGGACGAAUGUAGGUUAUAGGGACAUUGACCCAGAAUGCAGGGAACAGAGGUCCGUAAUCGGCAUGGGUUGGCGGAAGGCAAAUGGCCGACAUUACAUCAGUUCAGAUUUGGUGUCGGUGGCGCGCAGUCGCAGCGGGUUCGUUGAAAUAGCAAUCUCCUUACAGAAGUCGCGGUGUUUAAGUGACCAGCGCCAAGACACUUGCAAUUAAAAUUUCGAACGCAGUGCCGUCAAUUAAAAAGGAGUGACCCGCUCGUUCAAAGUUUUCGCCGGUCGCCGACGCCUAAGAACGGUCUCUGAAGCCGGACUGGAGUGACUCGAUCGAGCGUAACAGCACGUGGUGGAGUUACGUCACCAACCGGAGCUGGAAGAGAUCAGCGGCUUAGCGCGUAACAAUUCUUUUAUAUUUAUGUUGUGUCGUCCAUUAAUUUAGCUAUUUAUUUAUUUAUAUUUUUUGUAUAAUAUGUAUAUGUUGGGGAGGGGAUUUUUAUUACUCUUAAAAAUUAACCUAUUUAUUGUACGAUUAUUUAUUUAUUUAUAUCACUAAUUUAAAUCAAUUUAUUUAUUGCCG